AUGCGUGCCACCACGCGCUCAGCCACCAACACAACCACCACAACCGACAAUGCCGCACCGCCCGAACCCACCACCACCAGCUCCACAGCCCAACCACCACCCACAGCCAGCGACGCAGACUCCUACAAACUCCGCUUCUGCACGGUGUGCGCCUCAAACCAAAACCGCUCAAUGGAAGCACACCUCCGCCUCUCAACAGCAACCCCCUCCCCUUUUCCCGUGAUCUCCUUCGGCACCGGCUCGCUCGUGCGCCUCCCCGGCCCGACGGUCACGCAGCCGAACAUCUACCACUUCAACACGACGAGCUACAGCCAGAUGUACGAGGAGCUGACGGCGAAGGACGAGCGGCUGUACCGGUACAACGGCCUGCUGAACAUGCUGGACCGCAACCGCAACCUGAAAUGGGGGCCGGAGCGGUUCCAGGACUGGGUGCCGGGCCUGCCGCGCGUGGACCACGUCGCCAAGGGGGAUAAAGGCGCGCUGGGCACCGAGGGCGGCGUCGUGGAUGUCAUCAUCACCUGCGAGGAGCGCUGCUGGGACGCCGUCGUCGACGACCUCAUGGCCAAGGGCGCCCCGCUCAACCGGCCGGUGCAUGUGUUUAAUGUCGAUAUCAAGGAUAACCAUGAGGAGGCGCUGGUCGGCGGCAAGGCGAUUCUGGAGUUGGCGAAUCGGUUGAAUGAGGCGGCCCGGCAGGAGCGGCGGGCGGCCGGGGCGGAGGCUGGGGAGGCUGCGGCUGCGGCGGACUGGGAGAAUGGGCAGGGCGAGGCGAGGAGGAAUUUCGAUGAGCGCGUGCCUGAGAUUCUCGCCGCGUGGCAGGAGAAGUGGCCGCAUUUGCCGGCUUUGUGGACUCUGGCGUGGUUGUAG